AUGUAUGAAUUCAAAUGGGAUAUAGUUAAAGAGUUACAUGCUCCAGCUCGAGGAAAUUUUGAACGUCGUCAUGUUGAUAUUAGAAACUUUGAUGAAACUUGGCAAGCAGAUUUAAUUGAAAUGAUACCAUAUUCAAAAGAAAAUCAAGGAUAUAAAUAUCUAGCUGUUCCGAUAAGAAAUAAAACUGGGAAAGAUGUUUCCAGUGCAAUGGAAUCAAUAUUAAAAGGUGGACGAGUUCCUAAAAAACUACAUGCCAAUGAGAUUUUCACAAUUAUGAAAAUAAAUAGAUUAAAACCUCCAACUUAUAAACUGAAAGAUUAUCAAAAUAAUCCAAUAGGAGGUUGUUUCUAUAAAGAAGAAUUAUUAAAAGUAAAACAUUCAGAUAUAUUUUUAAUUGAAAGAGUGAUAAAAACUCGUGGUAAUAAAAUUUAUGUUGAAUGGUUAGGUUUUGAUGAUUCACAUAACCAAUGGAUUGAUAAAUAA